ACCGCUUCGGAGAGGGGACUGCGGAGGAGGAAGAGUAGGACAAGGCGAAAGGGGCAGGCGGGCCACAAGUCAUGGGUCCGCGUCUUUAGAGCGGCGGAAGCUAUCGGCCCGUCGCGGAACAGGCCAUUGUCGGUGCCCGUGGCCCCCAUGGCUGAGGAAUGGCUGGACUGCCCAGCCCUGGGCCCUGGCUGGAAGCGGCGAGAAGUCUUUCGCAAGUCAGGGGCUACCUGUGGACGCUCAGACACUUACUACCAGAGCCCCACAGGAGACCGGAUCCGGAGCAAAGUUGAGCUGACCCGUUACCUGGGCCCUGCGUGUGACCUCACCCUCUUCGACUUCAAGCGAGGGGUCCUACGCUAUCUAAACCCCAAGGCCCAGGCUCUGGCUGCUCCUGGCAGAAAGCGGAAGAAGCCUGCAAGGCCAGUCAAAGCUCAACCGUGUCCCGUGGUGCCCGAUAGGGCUGAGGCUACCAAGGAGACCCCUCGGGAUGAGACCAAGACCAUGACGCACACUGACACGGAUGCGGCCCCAGCGUCACUCCCUGCACCUGGGUGCUGUGAGAACUGUGGCAUCCGCUUCUCAGUAGAUGUUACCAGGAGGCAGCGGCUCAAAACAUUGUGCAAGGACUGUCGAGCUCGGAGAAUCGCCUUCAACCGAGAGCAGAGAAUGUUUAAACGAGUGGGCUGUGGGGAGUGCACGGCCUGCCAGGUGACCGAGGACUGCGGGACCUGCUCCACCUGCCUCCUCCAGCUGCCCCACGAAGUGGCCUCUGGGCUGUUCUGCAAAUGUGAGCAGAGACGCUGCCUCCGGAUUGUGGAAAAAAGCCGAGGGUGUGGAGUGUGCCGGGGCUGUCAGACCCGAGAAGACUGUGGCCGCUGCCAAGUCUGCCUCCGCCCACCCCGCCCAGGGCUCCGGCGCCAGUGGCGGUGUGUCCAGCGGCGCUGUCUGCGGCAUCUUGCUCACCGCCUUCGGCGCCACCAUCAGCGAGGUCAACGACGAGCUCCCUUGGCUGUGGCUCCCCCUGCUGGAAAACUUGCUCGUCGCAAAGGAGGCCGUGAUCCCAAGAUAGCAGCAGCCCGGCGGCGCCCCCAAACCCAACCAUUGUCACUGCCACCCCUUCUGCAGGCCAUAGAGCUGCACCCCAGAGCCCUGGCCCCCUCGCCACCUGCUGAGUUCAUCUAUUACUGUGUAGACGAGGACGAGCUACAGCCUUACACGAACCGGCGGCAGAACCGCAAGUGUGGGUCCUGCACAGCCUGCUUGAGGCGGACAGAUUGUGGCCGCUGCGACUUCUGCUGUGACAAACCCAAAUUCGGAGGCAGCAACCAGAAGCGCCAGAAGUGCCGUUGGCGCCAGUGCCUGCAGUUUGCCAUGAAGCGGCUGCUGCCCAGUGUCUGCGCAGGCCCUGAGGAUGGAGCCGAGCUGCUCCCACCCUGCCGUCGUCACAGGAAGCCAGUCUCCGCCCGCCGACCCCGGCUAGGGCCCACUCUGAAGUCCCCCUUGGCCAUGUCCAUAUCCUGCCCAGGCCAGGCCCAGGCACCAAUGAAGCAGGAGGCAGGCAGUAGCUUUGUGCUGCCCCCACCUGGCACAGACCUUGUGUUCCUGCGGGAGGGCGCAGGCAGCCCUGUGCCAGUGCCUGGCCCUGCCUCUUCCACAGAAGCCCCCUUGCAGGUGAAGCAGGAAAAGGUAGAUGCCCAAGACGACUGGACUUCGGGCCCAGCUGUUCUGAUUUCGCCUGUCCUGCGGCCUGGCUGUCCCAGCAAGACAGGAGACCCAAUCCUGCCGCGGGUGAAGCAGGAGCCACGUGACCCCGAAGAGGACAGGGCAGUGAGCAGGAAUGACUCUGCUUCUGACUCGGCCGUAGAGGAGGAGGCAGGAGGGGCUGGAACGCCCGUGAUCACGGAGAUUUUCAGCCUGGGUGGAAGCCGCUUCCGGGAUACAGCGGUCUGGUUGCCAAGAUGAGAACUGACAGAGAAUCACAUGUUCAGUGUCUUAACAGCUAAUCAUGGUAGAGCCUCAACUCACACCCAAGGUGUUGAUACCUGGCUGUCAGCAACUCUGCUCCAUUAUGAUCCCAUCCCCAGUACGGUGUUGGUCUCACAGUAGGACAGCAACGGAAGUCCUCAGUGACCUUGAAAGCACUGGGAAAGUCACAGGGAGGCCCAAACAGAUUUGGUCCAAACCCGACCACCCCCACCCCCACCCCCGACCCCUUUCAGGGAAAGCGAAAACUCGGCACUCCCAGCAAGGACUAACUUUCAUUCUGCAGUCCGUCGUCUAGGAUGAGGUGUAGCUGGCUGCUUCUGUAGGCCCCUGGAUCAUCCCAGCGUGUCCCCUCCCCCUGCCCCAGGCACUGUCAAACACUGGAUUAGCUGAACCUGUCUAAUGAGCCCCUGCACUUCUGCCCCUGCCAUGGUUUGGGAGAUGGCAAGACUGGUCACCUUGUCGGAGCAGCUGUGUGACCAGAGGUGGGCGCCUUCCUCAUCUGGUGGUGGUACACGCAGUCAUCAGACCCUGAAGGGCAACCAUCCUUACUGGCUGCUGCCUGGUUUGCUUGUCCCCUCACUCCCCUCCUGACUCCCAGAAGUCUUCAGAGCCAAGACUUGCAUCCUGUGGACCCUGUGUCUCAAUCACUUGCCCACUGUCCCCCUAAGACCUUUGUGUUUGGUUUCUGUUUGCCGCUUACAUGUUUACUAGAAGGCUUGCUUUUCUGCUUUGAGUCCUUGCCCUACGGCCUGUCUUGGCACUGCCUUGUCUCACUUAAUUUCUUCAUUCCUAAAAAGCCAAGGCCUGCACUUGUUACUUAGCCAGCUUUAUGGUGCUGGUGCCCAGAGGAGUGCUGUCUAUGAUUCUGCGCCCGGGCAACUCCCUGCUGUGCCCUGAGUCAUGCAGUGGGGACCAGCCAUUACCCGAUCUGCAUUCACACGGCCAGUUCUCUGCCACCCUCCUCUGCCCCUGCCCAACUAACCUAGUGCAGCCCAGAUUGCUUAAUCUGAUACUGCUUUGCUCACCCAAGGACCUGACCCCACCACUGGCAUUCAGUUAACCUUGACAUGUCUGUUCUAAAUUAAAAUUUCUUGGCUGGUCCUGA